AUGGCACGCCGUAGCCUGACUGCUGUGUACGGAGACGAAACAGCACCACCAGCGUCCGCAGAUGAUCCUGCCUGUGCGGCGUUGGGCUGUGAGCCUGGUGGCACCUGUGAGGUGGAUGAAAACGGAGAGCGCUACUGCAAGUGGGACUCACCCUGUGGCACCUGCCCCACUGGAGCCACCUGCAAGACCGUGCCUGCAUAUUCCAACAACUCGGUGCAGGUGCCUUACUGCGAGUGCCCUGCUGGCUACGGGAUGACCUCCACCGAAUGUGUCCUGGGAGGAAGCUCCACUGUCAGUUCCUUCAGUCUCACACUUUUCGCGAACCCAGCAGCCAAGGACAAUACCUCCCGGCCCUACACCAUCCGCCUGAACCCUACUGGCUGCACCCAGUACCCACCUGCAGUGGCUGGAAAGUCCACGUUUUUCUAUGGUGUUGCGAACAUCGGUAGCACAUGGAGUUGCCCGUAUUACUAUACUUACAGCACGGACAACUGUGAAGGGAGAGUGACGGGUCACACUUGGAGACGAGAUGGGUUUUUCGCAUUUUUCUUGGCGUAA